CGCAGAAGUUGUGGCAAGAUGGCUGGGGUUUUUGUGUUGUCUGAGUCGGUGAGUAAAUUAAACAAAUAGCGCUGAUUAUAAUUAAUUAUCCGGGCGAUAAACAAUGCUCCCGAUAGCGUAUCAGUCGUCUAAAGGCUCGCGUAAAUUUUCGACGCGCUGCGUCAAUUCAAUCGUCGAUAAAACCGCCGUAGACUCCACGUUCGGAUGAAAGAGGCAGACAGCAGCGUUACGGAGGACACGACCAAGAGAGAUUGCAACGGCAUCGUGAUCAAUAAUGUUGACAGCAUCGAUCGAUGUAACGGGGGCGGCGGCAGCGCCUCCGACAGCGGCGAUCAGAUGGACGCCGAUACGCGCGCCCGGGAGCUCGCCCGUCGCAAGGAGGAGGCUAAGAGGAGGCGGCGCAAGAAGAAACGCACCGGCUCGUCCUUGGUGUCGUCCUGUUUUCAAGAUCUUUACAAACUAACCGGUGAAGUUUUGGGAGAAGGCGCCUACGCCAGCGUCCAAACUUGCGUGAGCUUGUUCACCGAUCAAGAAUUUGCUGUCAAGAUCAUCGACAAAAUUCCAGGUCACGCCAGAGGCAGGGUGUUCAGGGAAGUCGAAACGUUCCACCAUUGCCAGGGCCAUCAGAACAUCAUCCAAUUGACGGAAUUUUUCGAAGACGAAGAAAAGUUUUAUUUGGUUUUUGAAAAGAUUAACGGAGGUCAACUGUUGAGAAGGAUCCAGGAGUACAAGUAUUUCAGCGAGGCGGCGGCGGCGGAAAUCAUCCGCGAGGUGGCGUCCGCGUUGCAAUUCAUGCACGCCAAAGGCAUAGCCCAUCGAGAUCUCAAGCCGGAAAACAUCCUUUGCGUGCACAAGGACCGACUGUGUCCCGUGAAAAUCUGCGAUUUCGAUUUGGGCUCCGGCAUCCGCUUCCAAUCGAGCGUUUCCAGUCCAUUAGCCACCCCACAGCUGCUAACACCGGUUGGUAGCGCCGAAUUCAUGGCGCCCGAAGUCGUCGAAGCCUUCAUCGGCGAUUCCGAGUCGACUUCGUACGACAAACGUUGCGAUCUGUGGUCGUUGGGCGUCAUCAUGUACAUCCUGUUGUGCGGCUAUCCGCCGUUCUACGGCAAGUGCGGCAAGGAUUGCGGCUGGGAGCGCGGCGACAAUUGCAACUCCUGCCAGGAGCUGCUCUUCCAGAUGAUACAGGAGGGCCGCUACGAUUUUCCCGAGCCCGAAUGGACGGCCAUCUCGGACGAGGCCAAAGAUCUGAUAUCCUGUUUGUUGGUGAAGAACGCCAGCGAUCGCAUCAGCGCCGAAAAGGUGCUGAUGCAUCCUUGGCUCCAAGUCGCUAGUAAUACAGCUGCUUUGACAACACCAGCUGUGAUUAAGAAGAACAAUUCCGCGCUGGAGCUGUCCCAGUUCGCGGAAUCGGCAAUGGCUGUGAAUCGAGUGGUGCAACAGCACUUCAGCAUGAAAUUGGACUAUCUGGAGCGGCCGAAUAUCUAUCCGCAGGAGAAGCGGCCGAUGAAGUCGUGCGCUUCGGCGAAGAUGUUCGGUUUGAGCCCGCCCAGCGAGAGCAACCUGAUGCGCAGGAGGGUCAACGGCAGUUCCUGCCAGAUUCCUGCCAUUCCCAGUCCAAGCGGUUAAUGCUGAGGCGGGGGAUGCGCGAGGGACUAGAGGAGAAUCGAAUUUGUUAUUAGUUUUUUUCUUCUUGGAGUCUCGCGCGGAUUCGAGCCCCGGUUUUGUUUGGCUGCUGUUGUGUUGUCGCUCCAUCUCGAAAACGUUGUUUUUCGUUUUCUAUUCGGAGAAACAAAAAAAUAACCACCUGAGAAAAAUUUGGGUUUUUAUAAGUUUUUUUUCGGCAUUUUACAGAAGGUUAAUUCGGUUAUGUUGUGGUUUAUUUCAGAAUCGAGCACAACAAGUUACUGUUGAUUUUUUUUUGUAAUUUUUCUAUUUUAUUAACGUUGGAAACGAUCGACGCUUUGAGGCAUUCAAAUUUCACUUUACAGAACGAUUUCGUUUAUCUACUACAAAUUAACGCCAUAAGUACACCUUUAGUAUUGUAAUAAAUAUCAAAGCGAAUGCCUCAACGCGAACUGAUCAUUUAGCAAGGCCUAGGUAUGUACAUAAUCGCGGUGAAGUACAAAAGUCCAUUCAAAUCGUCAUCAAAUGGUUAAAAAAAAUAAUGGUCUUCCAUUAAACUGAACGCGGCAGAUUUUACAGCACGUUACAAAUUAACGGAGCGGUUAAAUUUCAAGUAACCAGUAGCUGUAGAAUCGUGCGAUCGAAGUAAACUGCAAGCAAUAAUCGUUGAAUAGGUCGGACGUUUGUACUUGCACUAGUUUGAAAAAAACGGAAAAAAAUAUCUUGCUUCAUUUUUUUAAUACUUUUGUAUGUGUUGAAGUAGAUUGAUAUAAUCUAUCGAAUCUACAAUUUGUGAUAAUAAGCAUCUUACGUGCGAUUUAGACGUACGAUAGACUGUAGACCGCCGUACCUGCUUUCAUUUCAGUGAGAUACGGAAAAUUGAAUUCGAAAAGGGGCCACACGACUGGCUCUAAUUACGUACUGACAAGUCCAUUUGUAUUCUAAGAGUCCUAAAUAAGUUUGGAUAUUUUUUUAAUAUUUUGUAAUGCUCAAUAGUAGACAUUUCACGAUUGGCGUGGUAUCCAAACCGAGGGCGCGUUUAUCAACAAAUACCAAAUUGGUGGUUGGAAAUUUACAAAAAAA